AUGGAGGCAUUCACCUUUGCACUGUCCACACAGGUGGAUCUGCCAGUAUGCAUUAAAGUUGGCUCACUAGAGGGCAAACAGAAGCAGAUCCCGUUCUCCCGUCUACUCCAGAACCCCGAAUUGCGGUAUCUCGGCUCUGCCCAGAACCAUUCUUCUGAUCUCUUUGUUACUUCGCAAUUAUGGUCGGACUCCAAACCGCUUGGCGUGCCUUUGCAGACUUCCUACAGGGCAUUCAAAAAUACUCGGUCUUGGAAUGAAUGGCUACAGAUGCCCAUCUCCAUCAAGGAUGCCCCGCUCAACGCCCAGCUAGCAAUCACGAUCUGGGAUCUAUCCCCGCUGGCGGGUGACGGACCGCAAGGACAUGAUAUUCCCUUUGGCGGUACCACAAUUUCACUGUUUGAUCACGAGGGUAAGCUGAAGAUGGGUCGGCAGAAGUGCAAGGUCUAUCGUCACAAAGCUGCCGAUGGAUAUUCAGCAACAACCACUCCAUCUGCCCCUCCUCCUAAGCGCCGAAAGCCCAACGCUCGUGAUUUAAUGGCGCCAUCUCUAGAAGAAGCGGAACUGGAACGGAUCGAGGUUUUGAUCAAGAAGCAUGAAAUGGGAGAAAUCACUCGGAUCGACUGGAUGGAUCAAAUGGUCUUCCGCCAGCUUGAGAAACUCAAGCUCCAAGCCGAGGAAGCUGCACGGAAACGAGCCAUACAUCUGAAGAACACGAAACCGAAGAGCAGAGAUGCCGAAGAUGAUAGUUCCGAUGAGGAAGACUUGAAUGAUGAAAACUUCGUCCUUUAUGUGGAAUUUCCCCGUUUUGAUCAUACAAUCGUCUGGGCCGAUCACCAAUACCCUUCCGCUCCCAUAUCUUCUUACCCUCAAAAUAUGCCUUCUAACCCCAACUCUACCCUAAAGCCCGUUCCCGAGGUCCGAUUCGGUCCUGGUAUUGAAGGCGGAAAUGGCGCGGGAGUGAUCCGAAUCUAUGACCCAGAAGUUGGACAGCCUGGAAACCCUUGCGAAGAUAAGCACCGGCGCCUGAUCCGUAGCCAUCGGACCGGCUUCAUGGAUCGGGAACUCAAGCCCAAUCCUAAGAACCGUGAUGAGCUGAAUAUUAUUUUAUCAUACGAGCCGACCCAGGAUCUUACAGCAGAGGAGAAAGACCUCGUGUGGAAAUUUAGGUAUUACCUGACCCGGGAGAAGAUAGCGUUGACCAAAUUCGUCAAAUCGGUCAACUGGCGCGAUGAUGGAGAGUCUCGACAGGCUGUGGAGAUCCUUCCCAAGUGGACCGAUAUCGAUGUCGAUGAUGCUUUGGAACUUCUGGGCCCCACAUUUGACAACCCGGCAGUGCGUUCUUAUGCCGUUGCAAGGUUGCGCAAGGCAGAUGAUGAGGAGCUUCUUCUUUAUCUUUUGCAGUUGGUGCAGGCUUUGAAAUACGAGGACCACUCUGCAAAUGACGCUGAUGAAGCCGCCCAUGACUCCUCGCUUGCCAACUUCCUGAUCACGCGAGCUGCAAAUAACUUCAAGCUCGGCAACUACCUGCAUUGGUACCUGAUGGUUGAAUGUGACGAUGCUGGUCCGGGCACGCUUUCUACACAACGCCGCCUUUUUGCGCGAGUUGAAUACUACUUCAUGCGGGAGCUCGAAAAGGUUAAUGCAGAGCACCGGAAAACUCUUCUGCGACAAGGUGAACUUGUUGCUGUACUCUCCAAGAUUGCCAAAGACAUUCGAUUUUCUCGCGAAACCAGGCCUGCAAAAAUAGAGAAGCUAAAAAAGUUGCUCCGGGACCCCAAGAACGACAUUAUCAAUAUCGACCCCCCAUUGCCUCUUCCUCUGGACCCAGACGUCUCUGUGGUGGGCUGUUACCCUGAUGAAUCCAAUGUCUUCAAAUCGACCCUUUCUCCCCUGCAUAUCACAUUCAAGACCGCUGAUGGCCGUCGAUAUCCGCUCCUGUUCAAGGUAGGUGAUGAUCUUCGCCAAGAUCAACUGGUCAUUCAAAUUAUUAUCCUGAUGGAUCGUCUCCUCCAAAAAGAGAACCUGGACUUGAAGCUCACGCCGUACCGGAUCCUCGCCACGAGCUCCACAGCGGGUGCUGUUCAGUUUAUCCCAUCAACUUCGCUUUCCGCCGCCUCGGCCAAGUACAAGUCCAUUCUAGCGUACUUGAAGGAACACAACCCUGAUGACAACGAACCACUUGGAGUUCGCAAGGAGACAAUGGACACAUACAUCAAGUCCUGCGCGGGCUACUGUGUGAUCACCUAUCUUCUUGGUGUGGGUGAUCGGCACUUAGAGAACUUGCUCCUGGCCCCAGAUGGUCACUUCUUCCACGCCGACUUCGGUUUCAUUCUUGGCCGUGACCCCAAGCCUUUUGCUCCUAUGAUGAAACUCUGUAAAGAAAUGGUUGAGGGCAUGGGUGGUACGACCUCGCCGCAUUAUCUCCAGUUCAAGCAACAUUGUUUCACUGCGUAUACCACCCUGCGCAAAUCAGCCAACCUCAUUCUUAACCUAUUUAGUCUGAUGGUUGAUGCCAAUAUCCCGGACAUUCGCGUGGAGCCUGAUAAGGCUGUCUUCAAGGUUAAAGAGCGUUUUCAUUUGGAGAUGACUGAAGAGGAGGCUAUACGUCACUUUGAACAGUUGAUCGGAGACAGCGUGAAUGCUAUAUUCGGUGUGGUGAUUGAUCGUCUGCAUGAAUUUGUGCAAGGCUGGAGGGCAUGA